CCUGCUGUAUAUAUGGCAAGAAGGCACCACUGGGUAAUUAUAACAGGCGCGCGUCGGAAUCUCGAGAUAAAUAUAGAAUUGAAACCCUUCGGAUGCGUGCUGUCUCUGUGAGCGGGUAUGUUAGGUUGACUUUCGACAUCAGACGACUGUUAUAACAGGUUGAACAUGUCUGCAGACGACAGCCCCGAUCUACCGCUGCAGGACAAGCCAUGUGCGCAGUGUGGCGCUGCAGCCGAGCAGCGCUGUGGCAGAUGUCUGUCGGUAUAUUACUGCUCACGUGACCACCAGAAGGAACACUGGAAGGCGCACAGACUGGACUGUAAACCGUACAGGAUAGAGACGACAGAGGACAGAGGACGGUACCUGGUGGCAAAUGGAGACCUGCCGAUGGGCCACCUGGUGAUCUCGGAGGAGCCGAUCCUGACCGGCCCGUCCUACACCACCUCGGCGCUGUGUCUGGGCUGUUUCGACUCCGUGGACGGCUCAUACAGGUGUAAGGGCUGCAACUGGCCGCUGUGCAACAGGAAGUGUGAGACGGCGGGCAGUCAUCAACUUGAGUGCGCCAUGUUAAAGACUACUGACAUAGACAUCACGGAUUUUGUGGGACCCAACACGUCCUACCAGUUCAUCACGCCCCUGCGCUGUCUCCUGCUCAAGUCACGUGACCCUGCCAGGUGGAAACUCAUCAGCGGGAUGGAGUCUCACACCGAGGACCAAACACGAGAAUACAGAAUGGAGAUGGGGCGGAACGUGGUGCGUGUGAUCCGCCAGACGUUAGGCAUGGACGAGUUCUCCGAACACGAGAUCAUGAAAGUCUGCGGAAUCCUCACAGUAAACGCCUUCGAGUUGUUCACGACGGGCCCGAACAAGGACCGAGACUCCACCCCGCGAGCCUGGGCCGUCUACCCGACCACGUACCUUAUGAACCACGACUGUCUGGCAAACACGCUCACCUCCAUCGACUCCAAGAACAAGAUGCACGUCAGAACAAGAAUGCCAGUGAAGAAGGGUGAGGCUCUAACGGCGGAGUACUCGGAGUGCCUGUGGGGGACUGAGAUCAGGAGACACCAGCUUCACCGGUACAAGUACUUCUGGUGCAGCUGCCAGAGAUGUCGGGACCCCACGGAACUGGGGUCUUUUAUCAGCUCACACAGGUGUACUAACUGCGGGGGGAACGUGGUGGCCACCAAGCCACUGGACUUCAACUCUACCGGGUUCCGCUGUGAGAGUUGUCGGGUCAUCAUCAGGGGGGAAGUCUUGAAGGGGACCAAUCAUCAGGUGGAGGAGGAAGUGUUCGAAUUGGAGUCCAAAGAGUUGGAGACUCCAAUUGAAGAAUACGAAGACCUUGUGGAGAGACACGAGUCCAUCCUGCACCCGAACCACUACGCCAUGCUGAGAUGUAAGAAGUUCCUGGCGCAUGCGUACGGCAGGCAGCCGGGAUACAGUCUGGCCGAGCUGUCUGAGGAUCGGCUCAACAAGAAGAUGGAGAUGUGCAGAACACUCAUCGACACGCUGGAAAUCGUGUCUCCGAGGUUCAACGACGACACCGCCCACUUCCUGUACGAGCUGCAUGCAGCUCUGGUGGAGGUCGCUAGGCGGCGCCACGACCUGGGCCUGAUUUCCAACCAGGAGAUGGUGGUGGCGCUGACGGAGGCCAAGCACAUUCUCCAUCAAGCCCUAAAGCACCUGUACCCGUGGAACGACGGUGACCUCCGUGACCUGGAGGCAGAGUCUAAAGCUAAGAAGAGUCUGGAAGCCCUGGACGGCUGGAUAGAGCUGGUCGAGAACUCUAAACCAAACAAGCAGCUCGAAAACACCAAGCCUACCAAGCCGGUCGAGAACACGAAACCAACCAAGCCUGUCGAAAAUACCAAGGAUUCCAAGCCUGCAGAGCAGGAUAAACCCAAACAAGAAAAACAACAACACACAGCCAAGAAAUCAAAGGGCAAGAGGAAGAGAAAAGGAGGGAAAGGAAAAUGAAUGAGGAUGGACAAUACUGGGGAUCUAAAGUAAUUAUUACAUAUGGUAAUCACCACAGUACAUCACGAGUGACUGUGCUGUUGAAGAGUGGCAAUACAUGUUUUACCGACUCUGUGUCGCUCUCAAAGGACAUACGCCUUAAGGCCUGACAUGCCAGUUUUGUACACAAAGUACAACCUGUGUAAAACUACACUGGUGGGUUCGAUCCACUCGUACUGGGAUGGACCCCUACUUUAUCAGCAAGUGUGGUGGGUUCUUUGAUGUGCAUGAGUUUAGUCAAUUGGCAAACAUGAGACACAGCAAAAAAGAUGCCCCUAACUCAAGCUAGGUACUCAAAGUCCCUUUCCCGAGAGCACAACAUCCAGACCUGCUAGGCUAGGGCCUUGAGCUCAAGGCCUUUAGUUUCUGAGUCAACAACUCUAACCACAAGGCCAUCAUAAUAUGAUGCCACUGUCAUAAGCGGCAUAAUUUUUUUCAAAUGGUUUAAUGACAGAUGUUCCUGCAAGAGCCUUAUUGAGGAAACUGUAACACAAGAAACAUUAACUUAGGAAUACAUGUAACAUCUUUGUAGAUCAUUUUAGUGGUAUUUAUUUGUUGUAGAUCCAAACUUUAAAAACAGCUGUUGUUUUUCAAAAGUAUCAUUUGCAAUGCAGUCUCAUACUGGAAUACAUGUUGACUGUAGCUUCUUACGUAAAUUACUCAACGCAGCUUAUUUCUUGAAAGAGAAAAAAAACUUACUGUAUACUUGUCCUUGA